AUGCGUCCCCUCGGAGUCACCGAACAAGCGAUGCGAAAGCUCAUAAACACAUACGGUAUCGACGCGACCUUGCUCGACCUCGCAGUUUCCUUCGGCGACAAGCCACAAAGUGCUGAUGCAGGACACGGAGCCAUGACAGUGAGGCAGAAGGAGGACGGCUCAUACGACAUGCAAUACCUCUUCACAUAUGCGGAGAGAAAUGCCGCCCAGGGAAAUGUGCCAUGGACGAUCCGACAGACCUGCGUCUUUCACAGAUACAAUCCCGCUGGAUCCGGCAAUCUCUGGAUCUUCUUUCACGCGAGGCCACGUUCAAAGAUGCAGCAACUGAUCGAAGCUGAGAUCACUUCUCAGCAUGCAGGCGUGUCCAAGAGCUGGUAUUCGAUGCAUUUACUCGUGCUUUCGGCAUAUAUUGGCAACUGGCGUUGGUGUAUCCGCAGCCUUGGCGAGGAGAUCGAGAAGACUGUUGACAUCGCCCUCACGUUGGAUCUUUCAAGGCCUGAUACCGAUAAAGACGGGCUCAUUCAGCUCUUGACACCACAAUAUCUGGGCGACAAGCUCCUAUCGCUCUCUUCCAGACUACAGGUCGCGUUGGAAACUGUUCGCAGACUGAAUGACAUGAACACGCUUUUCCAAUCCAAGGGGCUUACCACGGAUAGCGACUCCCAACUAUUCGCCAGCGAGAUGGCCUACUACGUAACUACCAUCGAAGGGUACAUGAAAAGCGUGGAAGUGCUGGAAGGAAAGGUGAAAGGUAUCUCAGACUUGUUGGCCGUUGCCCUCAACCUCAAGGGCCAGACUGUAGCCAACGAAAUUAACGACAAGAUGCUACAGCUUACCAGCGAGGCAUUCGAAGAUAAUGCUACUGUCCGGGUCGUUACGCUGGUCACCCUUAUCUACCUGCCUGCUAGCUUCGUCUCCACUCUUCUAGGAAUGAAUCUCUUUGAAUUCGGUGACUCGAAUGAGAAAGGAUUCACAAUAUCCAAGCAGUUCUGGAUCUUUGUAGUAACAGCAGUACCACUUACGAUGCUCACCCUGGGAUCCUGGUAUAUCAUCACCAAGCGGCAAGACCUAUUCACCUCCAUUAUUGAAAUAUAA